GAGGCGGGCGGAGCGCGCUCGGAGCAUCUCGGCUGCGGUGUUUUCGUCUCCCCGUCAGAGAGCGCUCCUCCCGGGCCGAGGCGCGGCUGAACGGACACCCAGAGGCGCAGGUGCUGACCGUAAGGGGGCAAGCAAAGGAAGGGACAGCAAGGAGCCUUGGGGAGGAGAGAUCCCAUCCUUGCAGCGCGAGCAGCUGGUGUUGGUGGGCGACUGUUGGAAAGCAGCCGCAGGCUCAUUAUGGCUCAGGUGCUGCAUAUGGACCCCGGCUUCCCAGGGAAACUCAACCCGCCUGCUCCCCCCUCGCUGCACGCCAAAGAACAGGAGGCGCCCUACUCAGUAGAGACCCCCUACGGCUACCGUCUGGACCUGGACUUCCUUAAAUAUGUAAACGACAUAGAGAAGGGAAACACCAUCAAGAAAGUGCCCGUCCAACGCCGGCCCCGCUAUGGCUCCCUGCCCCGCGGCUACGGCUACACGGGCUCCUGGUGGACCUCCACCGAGUCCCUGUGCUCCAACACCAGCGUGGACAGCCGCCACUCGUCCUUCUCCUACUGCGCCCCGGGUUACCACACCGCGCACAGGCCCAGCUUCAGCUCCGCCCGGGUGGAGAAGACCCUGUUGGACGCACGCAGGAAGCUGGAGGAGGAGAAAGAGGGCCGCAGGUUCUCCACGCUGGGCAGCAUGCACAGCAGCGUGGCGGGCUCCAACACCUCUCUGAGCAGCGCGCACAGCUUCAACCGGGCCCACGGUGGAGGCGGGUCCUACACCCCGGUGAGCUCUGGCCUGUCCACGCCAGUGACCCCGACUCCGGCCCACCUGCAGCACGUCAGGGAGCAGAUGGCGGCGGCCCUCAGGAAGAUUCGGGAUCUGGAGGAACAGGUGAAGACCAUCCCCGUGCUGCAGGUCAAAAUCUCCGUGCUGCAGGAGGAGAAACGGCAGCUCAGCGUGCAGCUGAAGAGCCAGAAGUUCCUGGGUCACAGUCUGAGUUUCAACCGGGCGCGUCCGCGCGGCGAGCUCUACAUCGACAUCCCCGAGGAAGAGGUGGUGACGGGGGAGAAGAGGAGCAACAACAAGCCCCCGUCCCCCGCCACACCCGACGGCUCCAAGCUGCAGGACUCGGGGUGCGAGAUCGAGGACACUGUGAUCGUCGGCGGAGCGCGACCCGAUUCAAAGCGGGACGUGCGCACCAUCGGAGUGGGACCGGAGGACCCGAGGGGCGGCCGUCACGUGGGGGUUGGGGUGCGGGAGGAGGAUCUGGGGCUGCUGCCAGAGGCCAAGGCCCUGAGGAGUCAAGUGGGUCAGCUGGAGGGGCAGCUGAAGAGGACGGCGCAGGAGCUGCAAGACGCCCGGCAGCGGGCCGCGGCGGCCCAGGGGGCUCCUCGGGCCGACCACCCGGUCAUGGCCACCAGCGUGGGCUGGCAGGAGCCGCACGGCUGCAGCCUGCACACCCUGGUGAGCUUCACGCGCCCCCCCCAGCAGAGGGAACAGAGGACUGUGGGGAUUCAGGUGUACACGCUGGAGCAGCCCACCGUGGUGGAGGUGGGCACGCUGCUCCGGGCGGAGAUGUGCAGCUCCCCCUCCCUCCUGCCCGUUGAGGGCCACCCCAGAGGACAAGCCGAAGAUGCUCCGGUCGAGCUGCCGAUAGCCGUCAGCUCCAAGCAGGUCCGCGACGUCCUGAAGAGCGAGUUGUCCACUUCGGUGCCGGUAGCCAAUCCCGCGUUUGCUGUCGGCGCGUCUGGUAAUCAGAUGAGCUUGUUGCAGUCCAAAGAAGAAGAGACGGGCGUUCAAACUGCCCCGGAGGCUGUCGAGUCACAAGAAGGCCCAGAGACAGCCUCCUCGUCCCUGAGGUCCAUUAUGAAGCGAAAAGCCGAAGGUGAACCAGGAUCUCCCUCUACAAAGAAGAACCUGCAGUUCAUCGGAGUCAAUGGAGGCUACGAGUCCACGUCGUCGGACGACAGCAGCAGCGAGAGCUCGGAUGAGGGGAGCGACUCCAGCGAGUAUCACGAAGCCAGAGAAAAACUGCCGGCGUCGGCGACUCGCCACCAGCAGCCGACCCCCGGCGAGGCGCCCCGGCCUCCGCAAAGCGACGCCCCCGGACUCGCGGCCGCGUCCCAAUCGGUCUGCGGUGCCGCGGACGCAAACCGGCCAGACAAAGCCCCCGAGUCGCCCGCAACGGACCCCGCCUCCGCUCCGCCCCCUCCGCGUGCGGCUGCUGCCGGGGCUGCGGGCCGCUCAUCGGAAAAGCACGAAUCCGCGUCUGACCGGAGCCCGGCCUCCUCCUGCUCGCCAUCGCCGCAGACCAGCGCCCCCUCCGGCCAAUCGGAGCCAAAGCCGCCGGCCGACACUCCCGCGGCGCCCCCGAAGGAGCUCAGACUGGACCUGAGUGACAGCCUGAUGUCCUCUCUUCACGCCCUGCAGAAGGCCCUGGGGGAGCCCAACGCCUUCAGCCAGCAAGGAGCAAGGGCGGCCUACACCGCCGUGCUGCAGGAGUGGCUGCGCGUCUCCUGUCACAAAGCCGCGGACACGGCCGUGGUGGAGGCCUACAUGAACACCUUCGCCUCAGUCUCCCCCCAGCUGCUGCAGUUUGUGAUCAACAUGGCGGACGGCAACGGGAACACGGCGCUCCACUACACCGUCUCCCACUCCAACUUCCCCGUGGUGAAGCUGCUGCUGGACACAGGCCUGUGUAAUGCUGACAAGCAGAACAAGGCGGGCUACACGGCCAUCAUGCUGACAGCUCUGGCUGCCUUCCACUCCGACAGCGACCUUCAGACCGUCCUGCAGCUGCUGCGCACGGGGGACGUCAACGCCAAGGCCAGCCAGGCCGGUCAGACGGCGCUGAUGCUGGCGGUCAGCCACGGUCGGGGGGACAUGGUGCGGGCGCUGCUGUCCUGCGGGUCGCAGGUCAACAUCCGCGAUGACGACGGCUCCACGGCACUCAUGUGCGCGUGCGAACACGGUCACGUGGACAUAGUGCGUCAGCUGCUCUCUGUGCCGGGCUGCGACGCCACGCUCACCGACAACGACGGCAGCACGGCCCUGUCCAUCGCCCUGGAGGCCAGCCAGAACGACAUCGCGGUGCUUCUGUACGCUCAGCUCAACUUCGCCAAGCCUCCUUCCCCGGUGUCUCCGAAGUCUCCUCUGCUGGGCUCCUCUCCUCCUGCCGGUGAAACCAAAUAAAGCCGAUCCCCAGUAACUACUCAUAACGCAGCAUAUCUACGUGACUACAACAGACAGGGAGUUUGUGUGCGUGUUUGUGUUCACCCACCAUCAUUUAGGUGCAUCAUAAGGUGCAGCGGGGCACCAUUGUUAUGUUUCUUUUUGUGCACUGUCGUGUUGUUUUUUAAUCACAGUGGGGGCUGAAAACGUGGAUUUAUUUUGUGGUACAAUCUAAAAAAAUAAAUAAAUAAAAAACAUCUGGCGUCUGUUGAGGCACUAGUUCGGUCAUGCAGGGGUCCAGUUACCAGCACUGGUUUUAGCGCCACUUACGAGUCAAACCCAUUUAUUAUGAGACACUUUUUAGUUCACUCCAUGUGAAUGUCGUUGCUUUUCGUUGUCAUGUGUCAUUUGGAAUAACAAAAGCCACGGCUGUCCUGUGACAAGUGUCCUUGCAUCAAGUUGCUCAUUGGUGCUACAGUAAUCUAACUUCAACACUAGAUCAAUAUUUAUACACAAGAUUUAAGUAUUUUUGAUAUUGAUUUUUUUUCUGAUUUUGACUUAAUUCAGAACCGUCAAGGGCCAUUUUUUAAAUUCACCUUUUUUGUAACCAGCAAUCUUUUUAUGGCGACUACAUUUCCCCCAAAUAAACCGUAUCUCUCUGUCAUCACCUCGGUGACACGAAGAGCCACGGCCCAGGAACCAGAUUCUCUGCCAGCUAUGGCUGUUGCUAGUUUUAUACUUGAAGGUAUUUGGGAAGGUAGUAAGGAAAGAUUUUAGUGUUUCUGUCAUAUUCUGUGCUUUUAAAAGUUAACGAGACGUUGUUGAGAAGUGGCUGAAGGCACUGGUGCAGCCACCUCUGUGGUGAUGCUGGUGAGAUUUGUCAGGGAACCAGAAAGUGUCGAAUUGGGGUCUUUAAAGGAUGUGUCGUGUGAGAUGUGAAUAUUAAAAUAAUAUAUGUCAAUAUAAACUGCUAGUUUUUAUGCCUAAAAUGUAAUUCUUCAAACAAAGUGCAUAGGCUAUUGAUGUCAAAAUUUACUUUUUAAAGACUUUUUAACAAUUUUUGUAUUCACUUUUGAGCAAAUGAACUUUAAUUUGUUUUAUUUAAGUAUCUAUCUUUUUAUACAUUUAGAAUUUUUAAGCUCACGCCUACUUUAUGUAAUCACACAGCUCUUUAGUUUAUCUUUUUAUGAAGGUUUGUGUGUUACCCAAUUUGUGCAUUUUGGAAAAACAAUGAAUUAAUAAACGUGGACCACAC